AUGAAUACUAUUUACCAAUACCUGAUUUUUCCCAUAAGCGUACCUCUUACUUCAUCACAUUCACGACACAAGCUUGAACAGUUCGGUACAAAGUGUGCAUCCUGCUCUCGGUUGAUCCAUGCCACCGACUGGGUUCGGCGAGCCCGAUCUUUCGUUUUUCAUCUUGCCUGCUUCGCCUGUGCACAAUGUAAGCGACAACUAAGCACUGGUGAAGAAUUUGCACUACAAGAUAAUCGUCUACUAUGCAAGCAACAUUUCGUCGAGUUGGUCGAUGGCGAUUCGGGUAAAUUCGUUUUCGUUUCGACACCGCCAACGCUUGUCCCAACGAGAAAAGGCCAUAGAGCAAACCAGCAGAAGCAAAAGAUCAAGAGGGUGCGUACAACUUUUGCAGAGGAGCAGCUUAGCGUUCUACAGGUAGAGAUCGAACGUUCUUCCCUAUAUCUCAGAAUAGAAAGAGGGGCGCAUUUCCAAGUAGACAGCAACCCGGAUGGAGCUGAUUUGGAGAGGAUAGCGAAUAUAACAGGGUUGAGUAAACGAGUGACGCAGGUUUGGUUCCAGAACUCAAGGGCUCGUCAGAAAAAAUACCAGGGAAAUCGAAAAGGUGGUGAAAUAGCCACGGACAGCACACGAUCAUCGGAAGGUCCAGUUAGCCCGAGCCAGAAAAGCGAAGCCAGCAGCGAUGGGAUGUUUCCCAGUUCAGUUACAACUAGUGCCGAAGAAGCAAUGACUGAUUCAGCUGUUGUGCUUGCAUCUUUGCAUUACGACUAG